AUUUACGAUUAGCCGACGUGUAGCCGCUGACUCGCGAAAAGGCUAAUUUACGAUACGAGCGCUGUCAACAAGGCUGGAGUCGUCCGUGCUUCUUCACAGGGCGACCAUAUGCUUUCUUGAGCAAGAACAAGGGAAGCAAUCAGCAGGGCCUUUAGGAAGUUCUUCUCUUGAGACGUGACAUCUACAAAGUUGAACCACAAGCCUAGACAAUCGCAGAUAUUUUGUGCACGAAUAUCAAAGGUCAAGCUUUGAUCAACCAAUGACGUGUUUCCAGGGAACUCUCGAGUGCUGAAGUACGGGAUAAACUCUGACAAGAAUAUCGUUUGGAGAAAUUCUUCCCUUAAAAAUAUGCUCCUCGCUGGUUCUUCGAGUCUGCGAUCGCUGAGUGUUCGAGGGGCUAGAGCUUCUUGGAAUCCCUCGCUAUUUUCAAGAACAGCCCGGAGCUUUUUGCAGAAGUUGCCCGUGGUAUCGCAGAUUUCUCCAUUCAGCAUGUCCAACGAACGUCAUGUCAACAAAAUCCCGACUAUUCGUGGCACGGAUAUUAUGAGGGAUUCACAUUUGAACAAGGGACUGGCCUUCACCUUGGAGGAGCGGCAAAUCCUUGGCAUCCAUGGGCUGCUGCCACCAUGUGUCAUCUCACAAGAGAUUCAGGCUCAACGAGUGUACCGAGAGUUACAGAGAAAGCCAAAUGAUCUUGAAAAGUACAUUCAGCUGAUGGCUCUUCUGGAAAGAAAUGAAUCCUUGUUUUUCCGUGUGUUGUUUGACUACACGGAGGAACUCAUGCCCAUUGUGUACACCCCUACUGUUGGGCUUGCCUGCCGGAAAUAUGGCAUGAUCUUCAGGCGACCCAGAGGACUGUUUAUCUCCAUCCAUGACAAGGGACAUAUAAGGGACAUUGUGUCAAAUUGGCCUACAACAGAAGUGAAGGCAAUCGUGAUGACAGACGGCGAGCGCAUUCUGGGUUUGGGUGACCUUGGCUGUUGUGGGAUGGGCAUCCCUGUGGGCAAGCUUGCACUUUACACCGUGUGUGGAGGAAUCGACCCUGAGGGCUGCCUUCCUGUUAUGAUUGACGUUGGCACAAAUAACGAGGAAUUACUUGAUGACCCAUUCUACAUUGGUGUGCGCCAGAAGCGUUGUAACACUGAGGAUUAUGAUGAGCUGAUAGAUGAGUUCAUACAAGCAGCUUUGCAAAGGUUUGGGCCAACAACUCUUAUUCAGUUUGAAGAUUUUGGAAACCACAAUGCAUUCCGCUUCCUGGAAAAGUAUCGAAAUAAGAUCUGCACCUUUAACGAUGAUAUUCAAGGAACUGCUGCUGUUGCUGUAGCCGGUGUCCUGGCUUCACUGAAAAUAACCAAGACCAGGCUCAGUGACCAGAGGAUUGUUUUCCAGGGAGCCGGUGAGGCCGCCAUCGGUAUUGCAAACCUGCUAGUCCUGGCCAUGAAGAAGGAAGGUCUGACUGAGGAGCAAGCCAAGAAAAAAAUUUGGCUUGUUGACUCCAGAGGACUUGUAGUUAAGGAACGAGAUUGUGGUGGCCUGACUGAGCAAAAGCUGGCAUUUGCCAAGGAGCAUGAAUACAUUGACAAUCUGACUGACGUGGUAAAGCACAUUAAACCCACUACCAUCGUUGGCGUAGCUGCAGUACCAGGCGCAUUUACUGAGGAGAUCUGUCGAGACAUGGCAUCCUUCAAUGAUCGCCCUGUCAUCUUUGCACUCAGUAACCCGACAUCCAAGGCUGAGUGCACCGCACUGAACUGCUACACUUGGACUGAGGGGAGGGGAAUAUUUGCCAGUGGAAGCCCAUUUGACCCCGUCACCCUCCCUGACGGUCGUCACUUUAUUCCUGGACAAGGAAACAACGCGUACAUCUUCCCCGGCCUGGCGCUUGGCGUGAUAGCCUGCGAGGCUGCUCACGUGACUGAUGAUAUGUUCCUCCAUGCGGCUGAGUCGCUCGCAGACCAAGUGACGGAUUCCCAGCUGGAGAAAGGCUGUCUUUACCCUCCUCUUGGUGACAUCAGAGAGGUGUCCAUCAAAGUUGCUCUCUCUGUGGUGAAAGACGCCUACUCUAGUGGUAUUGCCUGUGACAUGCCGGAACCGGAAGACAAAGAGGAACUUAUCAGAAGACACGUCUACACACCUGACUACAUGUCCUACAUGCCCGAGACCUACUCCUGGCCUGACCCCUAAUACAUUUACCAACCAAUCAGCGUCCUUUGUCUUACCAUAUAAGCCAAUCAGCUUCUUUUGUCUUACCAUAUGAACCAAUCAGCAUAUUUUGUCUUUCUGGAUGAAGCAAUCAGCUUCUUUUGUCUUACCAUAUGAACCAAUCAGCAUAUUUUGUCUUUAUGGAUGAACCAAUAAGCUUCUUUUGUCUUACCAUAUGAACCAAUUGGCUUUUUUUUUUGUUUCAACAUAUGAACCAAUCAGCAUAUUUUGUCUUUCUGGAUGAAGUAAUAAGAUUCUUUUAUCUUACCAUUCUAACCAAUAAGCUUCUUUUGUCCGAAACAAUCAGCUUAUUUUGUCUUACCAUAUGAACCAAUCAGUGUGUUUUGUUUUACUAAUAUGAACCAAUCGACAUAUUAAGUCACCAUAUACCGUUACCGUAAAGGAUAGUGACAAGAAACUAGUCAUAGAGAUGCGAGUUUAUUGAUUUAUUUAAUAACUAAGAUCUUUGCUGAUUAAUAUCUAUUAAAGAUCCACUCACAGGAAUUAUAAAGAUCUAAAGAUUGUUUGACAAGUGACAGUGAAUUUUCGUUAUGCCCGCAGUGAAAAAAUAGUUAAAUCCAUCUAGAGUUAAAUCUAAUUUUUCAGUUAAAGAUUUUUUUCUUAAAUAUAACUUAAAAAAUAAGUAAAAUAAACUAUUUUAUAUAUAAAUACAAAAAAGUGAUUAUUUCUAUUGAUGUUUGUAAUGGAUAAUAUCAAGAAAAAAUAAAAAAAUUGGCGAGCAA